AUGCGAAGGCCCGUGGCCUGGUAUCAAGAUGAGAGCACGGAUCCCAUGGCAUCCGCCUUGAUCAUUGGCUUUUACUUCUCUGUGUUCUGCUGGCUGGCGGCUCCCGCUUUGGGAGACUAUUCCAUCGUCGACCGUCUCUGGUCGAUCCUUCCGGCCAUGUACACGUGGCAUUUUGCUUCCAAAGGAGGUUAUGACCAACGCCUCACCAUCAUGGCUCUUUGGACAACCAUCUGGGGUGCCCGCCUCACCUACAACUUUUUUCGUAAAGGCGGCUACAAGCUGGGGCAUGAGGACUACCGUUGGCCUUAUGUUCGGGCUCAGAUCCCGGCCUGGUUGUUCCAGGUUCUCAACCUGGUCUUUAUCGCCUUCUUUCAGAACUGGCUCCUCAUGAUGCUCACUGCCCCUGCCUACGUGGCCGUCUUGGUGGAUGACAAGACGCUGCAAACAGCUGACCUUAUUGCAGCCGGCCUCUUCAUGGUCUUUUUGGCCAUUGAGGUCGUGGCUGACGAGCAGCAGUGGGAUUUUCAGACCCUGAAGCACGCUCAACUGGCGGGCGGCAUGCCUCUUCGCGGCGACUUUCGCCGCGGCUUUCUGAGCAAAGGGCUAUUUGCACUCAGCCGCCACCCCAACUUUUUUGCCGAGCAGAUGAUUUGGUGGUCGUUCUACCUCUUUUCUGUAACCUGCACGGGUCAACUGAUCAACUGGACCAUUCUGGGCCCCCUGAUUCUCUCACUCCUUUUCCAGACCUCCACGCCCCUGACCGAAUCGCUCUCUUUGCAAAAGUACCCUGCCUACCGUGUUUACAUGCAGACGACCUCGCGCCUGAUGCCCUGGUGCCCGGGCCCCAGCCUCGAUGAGCUUAAACUGGAGUGA